AUGAGUGACAGCGAUACACCACCGGUACUUACAAAGCAAGCUACGUGUGGUGUCACUACGACUGCAGACAAUUCAACAUCGAUCGUAACGUGUACAGGUACUACUACAUUGGUAUCUAACAGUAAUGAUUCCUUUAUCAAAACAACAACCAUUGCUACAUCUUCAUCUUCUGUUUCCGAUUCAACGCAGGUCACUUCAGCCUCUUCUAACACAUGUGUGUCAUCAUCGAGUAAAAAUGCAACAUCAGAUAGCAGAAAUUCAACUAAUGUUAUCGCUGGCGAUAGUGGAACAGCAGCAACAGCGACAACAACAUCAGCAAGUAGUAGCAAUGCAGAGACGACUUCUUCAACAUCGUCAACACCACAACCAGCGCCAAAAAGUCGUCGUAAGCCAACAUCUCGUGCAAAAAAAGAUACUGCCGACAAAACAAAAGCUCCUACUACAGCCGUUAAUUCAUCUGCCGCGCAAAUGGUUCCACAAGCACCGUUAAUGCUAACUUCUGCUUCGCCUGGGCAAUUCAUGCUUGUUCAUCAUAAUGGCCAGUGCUACAUGAUGUCAGCAACGCAAUAUUUUAGUGCAAACCAACAAAUUGCUGCUGUUAGACCGCAGCAGCAACAAUUUUCUGCACCAACAACACCAUGCCCUAGCAUCAUUACCACUUCGGCACAAUAUUUCUUCAAAGUGGUACAACGGCAACAAAUGUCCUCACAGCAGCAAUAUGUACAGCCAAGUUUUGUAGCUAAUAGCUCAACACUGGGACAACUUGCACGAAAUCUAGCUCCAAAACCAUUACCAGGAUCAGGAUCAGUUGCUGUAGUAGCUACCAGUACACAUAUACCAUCAACUACAGUAACAACAACGGUUACCACAACAACAUCGUCAUUUGCUGUUGGACAGGGCAAUGAUACAUCCUUGGGACGAUCAGCGCAGCAGCAACAAUCCCCUCAGCAGUUGGGAACCGCAUCAGUGCAGCAAAUGCAACCAUCAAUGUUUUCCCAAGGAAUUCAACUCCGUGCACCACCAGGUUCAUCAGGUAUUGUCUUCCAGAUGCCAUCCGGGGCAUACACAUAUGUGCAUCAGUUGGUUACUCCUCAGCAGCGCACCUCUAUUGCGAUACCUCAUCAACAGCCAAUUCCAGCUUGUAUUGGACAAGCAGUGGCAACAAGUCAGCCGCAGAAUCAGCAACCGCAGCAACCUUCUCCUGCUAGUUCACCUACUCAGAAAGCCAUUACUUCAGCUACUGCUGAAUCAAAAAAUAAGCAAACAUCAAACAAUAUUAGCAAAGAAUCACCAACCAUAGAACGAAGAGAGAGCAAUGGUUCUCCAACUACUGACAGAGUCCCGAAUAAGUCUCCAACAGGUCAUGUCAAAGGUAAUGAAACUUUAUCAAAGAAUAUCAGAGGAGCUACUAAACAUUCAGGAAGUGGACGAAAGACAGGGGCAAUGAAAAUUGCAACACCUCAGCCAAUAGCUCCUACAAAUUUGGUGCCAGUUGGUGCGCCAGUUCCAAUGAUGGUCAUGUCUGCUCCAAUGCCUCAGCUAAGUUCCUUUGGGGGACAUGCAGUACCUUUCAUGGGACCAAAUGGACAAAUUAUACAUCAACAAUUAAUUGCAAAUCCACCCGUUCCAACACACCAAAUGAUACCUGUAUUUCAACAGCAACAACAAAAUGCUGCUCAUUUUCCAAUUUCCCAAUCGGCGCAAACUCAAAUCCAAGACACAGCUUCCAAUGAUUCUCAGAAAUCGGUUGCGGAUGAUGACAACGGUUAUGUUGAUUCCGGGAUCGAAAAUGAGCCUCCACCGCUUCUUGUUCAGGGGGAAUCAAAAGAUGCACUCGAUAUUCAUAUGAUGUUCACGAGGGAAGCCGAAAGAUAUUAUCAGAAAACAGGACGAAAAGGCAAAAUUAUUCAUUUGAUCGAAGGAUUUGAAAUUGAGGAAUCAGACGAGCCAUUUCCAUGUGAUCCACCUUGCCGUUUAAGUGAUUGGCUUUUAUCCGAAAUAGAAGAUAAGAAUGGGAGGAAGGUAUCCAAAGAACGUAGAUGGAGUAUAUCGGCUAGGAAACUAAUUAGUGAGAGGGAUAAAGAAUCACUGUUAGAAAUAAAUGCCGAAAAAGUGGAGGUCAAAAAGGGACGUGCAAAAGCAUCUCCAACAAAAUCUGAAACAUCUAGUGAAAAAGCAGAAAAGAAAACUCGUAAACGUAAAACAAACGAGCUUGAUCGAUUGCUACAAAUGGAUUUUGGACCAUCACAUGGACGUCUUUCUGAUAUUAUGCAAAAAUCCGUUUAUAAACCAAGCAAAGAAACGCUGGCUUCCUCUCCACUACCUCCACCAACAAAGGGCUGUUUGACGAAGCCAAAGGGUCGACCACCUUCAUCUGUAGAUAAGCAAAAAUUAGAAAAAACUGAAAUAAGUGAACCGGUAAUGGAAAGAUUCAUUAUUGAGGAUGCAGCAGAUAUGUCGCCGAAAACCGUAACCAAGAAAUGCGAAGAAAGCCCAGCAACUGCGGAUCAGUCGCUGAAUUCUUCGAAAAGUAGUGCCGAUACAGCGAAUGGAAGUUUGUUAGUCAAUUUUUCGGAUGAAGAGCUCGACACGGAAAGAUGUAAUUAUUGCAAUGGUUUGCUGCGUCUUAAACGUCUGGAAAAUCAUCCACAAUAUUGCUCGAAGAAAUGUCGCAAAUUAUGGAAAAAAAAUCCAACAAUCAGUGAAGAGCAAGUUGGACGCUCGUUCAAUGCAUCACCGCGACUACCGGUUAUUCGUUCAACAAAUACAUCGCCCAUUAAUAAAGAUAUCAGUCCUACAGUAACGGUGCAAAAUCUUAGCAUAAUUUCAGAACCAUCCUCUUCAGGUAGUACCAUUGAUAUGCAGCAACGAACACCUCCAAUCUUAACGCUGAAAAUGGUUUCACCUGAACAGGCAGAAAUCGUGAAAUCUCCUCGUGGUUUGUCCACUUCUUACUCGCUAGGUGAAUGCAGUAAAAUGCCUUCGACAUCGAUCUCUCCAGCUAUGGCUAUAGCUCCAACAGUUGAACAUCCACCGAUGGAUUUCCUUUCCAGGCCAACAAAAACAUGGACUUGCGAUGAAGUGGCAAGCUGGGUAUCAUCAGUGACCGGCAAUGAGGAUUGUGCGAAUACUUUCCGUAAUCAGGAUAUCGACGGCCAGUCUUUGUUGUUAUUGCCGGAUAAUGCUCAUAAUAACUUAGUAACGCUAUUGGGAUUGAAACUUGGCCCAGUGGUAAAAAUUCUAAAUGCACUUAAAGAAUUAUCCAAUAAAAAUAUCAAUGUUACAUAA